AUGGGCUGGUUAACUCUCCGCAGCCGCACCAACAAUCAAUAUCGCGACUUGAAAACGAACCCAGUAUCGGCGUCUGUGUCAGCAUCAGAGAAGACCGGCGCCUACAGCGAGCAUACCGAGAACAUCGCCAUCGAGAAUUCAAUAAACACGCAAUUACAACCUCAGUUGAAAGUAACCCCCUCAUCCUCAUUCCUUGGCCAAACCUAUCCGUUCCACUCCACCACUCCCGACUCCGAGCUCCCCUACAUCGACUCCUCGAUCAUUUCUCUCGUUGAGCAACAUUGGAACAAAGCCACAACCACAGAUUCAGCUCGAGCAAGAGAACAGCUGCCAGCCUGGAUUGUAAUCGAUAACAUCGUCUACGACUGCACGGCUUUCCAGCACUCGCAUCCAGGCGGACCCGUCGUGAUCCGCUCGUUCGUGGGGCAAGACUGCUCGUGGCAGUUCUGGCGGUUUCACGGCAGGGAACAUAUGAUGAAGUUUGGGAAGUCGUUGAGGAUUGGCAAGACGAGUGGGAUAAGAAAUCGGUUCGCUGAGCCGCCGAGAUACUGCAGGUGGAGAGGUAGUAAUACGAUAGUCAAUGUUAGAACUAUGCCUCGAAGUACUUAA